AUGAGGGUCUGCGUAGACUAUAGAGACCUUAAUCUCGCUAUACCUAAAGAUGUCUACCCCAUGCCAGUCGCAGAUAUGUUGGUAGACGCCGUAGCAGGACAUGAAUUGUUGUCCUUCAUGGACGGCACCGUAAGGUAUCACCAGAUUUCGGUCGCAGAGGAAGACAGACAUAAAUCCGCAUUCCGGUGUCCUGGGUUCGCGGGUAAAAUCCAGCCUUUCUCUCCAUUGUUGAAGCUGCAGGGUCAGAACGAGUUUGUAUGGGAGCCUAAACAUCAAGAGGCUUUCGACAGAAUCAAGGCCUACCUAGCGAGCCCGCCAGUGCUUGUUCCCCCGAGAGCUGGAUUUCCAUUGAAGCUAUAUAUUUCAGCGGCUGAGGCUUCUAUUGGCAUUCUGCUCGCCCAGGAUGAUGAGGGAGGCGUCGAGCACGCCAUUUUCUACCUCAGCCGAACACUGACAGAUUGCGAGACAAGCGUGCAAGUUGCGACACUACAUGUUACCUUUACUACCUGCAUCAUCGCUCAAAUCGACCUGGUCAAGUACAUAUUGUCGCGACCUAUUCUGAGAGGCCGCAUUGGCAAGUGGGUACUGGCCCUGUCCGAAUUUUCUCUGCAAUAUGUGCCUCAGAAAGCAGUAAAGGGACAGGCCAUCGCAGACUUUUUGGCACAUCACCCCAUGUUGGAUAUCCCCACGGUGAAGGAGUUAGAGAUAGCGACCGUAACUACAAGUCGACCGGAUUUGGCGCGCAUCCCAGAAUACGCCAUAUGGUACCAAGCCACGGUUUCCUUGCAAACCUGGGCAGAGUAUGCGGCCCUUACUAUUGGCCUAGAAGUCUUACUGGAAUUGGGAGUAAGGGACGUUCAGAUCCGCGGCGACUCUCAGUUCGUGAUAAAUCAGCUUCAAGAAAAAUACAGAUGUGUAAGCCGGUUGCUCGUACCAUAUUUGAAUCACGCUAUUGAACUUCUGGAUCAAUUUGAUGACACGGAUUUGGAGUACAUCCCUCACGAGCGUAAUUUUGAAGCCAAUGAACUCGCUCAAAUGGCUACAGGCAUUACAUUGAAGUAUAGGCUUCGCGAGCGCAUUCUGAAAGUUACGCGUCGCACUCUACCUUCAUGGCUCGCGCGACCCGACCGGCCUGAUGAUCCAGUCGUCGUGGUCUUAGAGCCUAUUGACGUCGACUGGCGCAUUCCGUUGAUAGAUUACCUCAAAUAA